ACCGAUUUAUUUGCUUCUUUAAUAAGGAGAAAAAUAACAUGAUGCGCAGUUUGAAUUGAUUCAUUUUAGACAUUUGGUAAAUAGCGAUUAGAAGCCUAUAUAACACUGGACCCUCGAGUUUUUUUCCUCCUGAUUUUAAGAUGUUUUUCAGAUCCUGCAGUCGGCUGUGAUGACCCGUUCCUGCCCAGCUCUCUGUGUCUGCAGCAGUGGACUGACCGAGCCCAGGUCGGUCCAGUGCAGCGACUCCGGGAUGUCAGCACUUCCUGUGAACCUUCCAGCCGACUCGGUCAAACUUCGCCUGGAGAAGACCUCGAUCUCCAGGGUUCCCCGAGCAGCUUUCUACAACCUAUCGGAGCUACGCUUCUUAUGGUUGACCUACAACUCCAUAACAUCCGUCCACCCGAGCAGCUUCGUCAACCUGAAGGCGUUACGGGAGCUGCGCCUGGACGGGAACCUGCUGACUGCCUUUCCCUGGGAGGGGCUCCGAGACAUGCCCCGCCUCCAGACGCUGGGGCUCCACAACAACCGCCUGUCCAGCCUUCCAGCUCACGCUGCCCUCUUCCUCCCCAACAUCACCUACCUAGAUCUGUCCAGCAACAGGUUGACUAUAUUACCUGCUGAGCUCUUGGAUCUCUGGUUUCCUCUUCCAGAACUACAAGAAGGACCAGUUCAAAGAAAGAUCUUAGGUCUGCAUGACAACCCCUGGAUGUGUGACUGCCAGAUUUCCAUGCUGACAUCAUUGUCCAUGUCCCUGGGGAGCCCAGUGGUUCUGAUGGAUCAGCUGCUGAUGUGCAGCAGGUCUGUGGGUCAGUCCGGGUUGACGCUGACUCAAGCCGAGCUCUCUCGCUGCAUGCGGCCCUCCGUCCAGCCGGCAGCCACCAGGGUCAGCUCUCCGCUGGGCAGCAACGUCAUUCUCAGAUGUGAUGCUAGCGGUUACCCGACACCAACGCUGACCUGGAUUAAAACCUCGGCUUACCCUGGUUGUUGUAAACAAGACCUCCUGCAGAACACUGAACAACUUCCCAAGAUUUUGGAGAGCUUUAUGCAGGAAUCUCCUCGUGUCGGUGUUCGCUGGUCCAUAAUCAGCCUCAAUAGCCUGUCGUACAAGGAUGCUGGGGAAUAUCGCUGCCAGGCACGAAACAUGGCUGGAAUAUCUGAAGCUCCAAUCAAACUCAAGGUUAUGGGGAUCACAAGACUGUCUCGUGUCCCAAAGAAAAAAACACAAAAAAUGUUGUCCAAAUCGUCAACAAAAGGAAGAAAGCCGCCCCGAACUCCUUCCACCAGCAGCAUCAAGGGAAAGGAGAGUCAGAAAAUUACAAAUGAUCCGCCAUCUUUACAGAACAACACACAGGAAGUUUAAAACCUUAUAAACAAAGACCCUCUAACAACUGAAACACCUGAAUGCGAAUCACUACGAAUCAGUGAAUUCAAAAAGUUCCAGUUAACACCGAGAUCAAAUCAAACGUUUUUCUUAAACAAAACAGUAGUUUCAGUUUUCAGAGCUUUUUACAAAGUUCUGCACAGCUGUGGAUACCACUUAUUUAUAAAAUAAAUAAAAUAAAAUAAAAUGUGAUACAGAAACUGAAGUGUGUCAUCUUUCAGAUUAAAACAGAGAUCAGAAAGUAAAGUAAGAAAGUUCCAGUCUCACCACAAAUUUAAAAUCAAGUAUUCAGAUCGAAACAGUUCUUUACGGAGCGUUAUCAGUGUCAAAACUUAAGUUAUCUUUGGAGCUAAAGAAGAACUAUCUAGAGCAGUGCUUCUCAAACCUUUUAAGGCUGAGAACCACUUACUCCAUUUAAUAAACACUCACAGACCACCUAACUUAAAAUUUCCCUCGCAAAAAUACAACACCUUAAUAUUUACAACCUAAAACAAAAAUAUUUGUCUCUUAACUCAUUGUCUUUGUUCCUCCUGAUAUGAAAUGUGUUCUGUAAAUGUGACUGGCGACAGUAAAACCGUGAACAAGUCAUUUUGAGUUAUUUACUGUUUCUGAAAUUAAGGAUUCUAAUGAAGGGAAACAUGGAAAACAAAAAGCUCUUUACCUAACUUGUUGUGUGCACUAAUAAAGUUUUAGGACCAUCUAUAAUUUAGAAGCAUAUUACGAACAGGAGAGAAUUUCCUUCAACUCUAUCAG